AAUCCUACUCUAUGUUGAUCGUGUCUGGUGUCAACCUGUGGUGUCAACUGUCAAGUCAAAUGGUACUUUGAAAAAUAUGGAAAAAUCGAACACAAUUUCAUUUUUGUUAAAACAAAGUUUCCUCUUGAAUUAAAAGAAAAUGGUUAUCAAAUAACUCGUUGCUUGACCUGAUACAUUAUAAAAUGAAGCUUGUAUUUAAAAAUAUCGAUAAGGAUGGCAGCGGCUGCAUCGGUCUGGUGCCUGAGGAGCCGGAGGACAUGUGGCACGCUUACAACCUUAUUGCCGAGGGGGAUGCAGUUACGGCAUCGACGGUACGAAAAGUGCAAACGGAAUCUUCAACUGGGUCUUCUUCCAGCAGUAGAGUGCGUACGACGCUCACCAUAAGAGUGGAGACCAUUGAUUUUGACACUCAAGCUUGUGUGUUGCGGUUAAAAGGCCGCAAUAUCGUUGAAAAUCAGUAUGUUAAGAUGGGAGCAUAUCACACUCUAGAUUUAGAGUUAAAUAGGAAAUUUACCCUGCAAAAGAUAUUAUGGGACUCUGUAGCAUUGGAACGAGUGGAGAUGGCCUGCGACCCAGCAGCUUCUGCGGAUGUGGCAGCUGUGGUGAUGCAGGAGGGCCUUGCUCAUGUCUGCCUCAUUACACCAUCCAUGACACUGGUGAGGUCAAAGAUAGAUGUGACAAUACCAAGAAAGCGAAAAGGAUUUGUACAGCAGCAUGAAAAGGGCCUUAAUAAAUUUUAUGAAGCAGUCAUGCAAGGAAUUUUGAGGCAUAUUGACUUUAAUGUUGUGAAGUGUGUGAUCCUUGCUUCUCCGGGUUUUGUCAAAGAUCAGUUUUUUGACUACAUGAUGCAACAGGCAAUAAAGACUGAUAAUAAGCUACUCAUUGAGAAUAAGUCCAAAUUCUUGCUUGUGAAAGCUUCUUCAGGGUUUAAACAUUCUUUGAAAGAAGUUUUGCAAGAGCCAGCAGUAAUAGCGAAAAUCUCAGACACAAAAGCAGCAAGUGAAGUGAAAUUGUUGGAAAGUUUCUAUACUAUGUUACAACUGGAGCCAGCCAAAGCUUUUUAUGGGAAAAAACAUAUUGAAAGAGCCAAUGAAGCUAUGGCUAUUGAAACCCUUAUGAUUUCUGACAAAUUGUUCAGGUGUCAAGAUAUAGCACAGAGAAAGGAGUAUGUAGGAAUAGUAGACACUGCAAGAGAAAACGGAAGUGAUGUAAGGAUUUUCUCAAGUAUGCAUGUUUCUGGGGAACAAUUAGACCAACUAACAGGCAUAGCAGCCGUUUUACGUUUCCCGAUGCCAGAACUUGAAGACAGUGACGGUGAAGAAAAUGACUCUGAUUCUGAUUAAUUUUAAAUUUUUUAUUGUAGACACUUGAUUGUUAUAGUAUUUUCUAUAUACAAUAAGUACUCAGCAGGAAAGAUUGCACAAUGAACUUUAGAAACUGGCUUAUACCCGUGACUUCGUCUAUGUGGACUACCCAAAUUACAAACCUCUAUUUUACCCCCUUAGGGGUUGAAUUUAAAAAAAAAACUUUCUUAGCGGAUGUCUAUGUCAUAAUAGCUAUCUGCAUGCCAAACAGCCCAAUGUGCGUGUAUAGAUCAGUCAGUCAAUCAGCUUUAGAUGCAUAUAUUUAGAUAACGGUUUCUGAAGCGCUAUCUUUGAGACCGACA